GGAUGGUAGUGGGGUUGCGAGCUUAGCGCAGUGCCUGUUCCAGAGUCGUCCGGCGACAAUCAGCCAUGGAGAAGAUAUUGGUACCUUUGUUAGUUAUUGCAGUAUAUACGUCGUCGGUGUGGUGUGAAAACUCGACAAGAACUGCGAAACUAGAAAUACUGAGAAGCCCCACAAAAGUUGCAGUUUGGAAGCCGGACCCGUACCCAAUCCUGCGGACCUAUGGUGACGAAUUGCCAGCGCCCACAGUCAGGAACCAGAGCUCGGUGCUGAGCAAUGUAACGGAGGAUGACGCCACGAAAUCCAAAUACGAAACCACCAGCGAAGUUACACACAACAGCACUAGUUUACUAAACACGACAGAGGUCAACAACUCAACGAAAGAAGGAUUGUUGGACACAUCCACCACAAAGAACGAUACAUGCGUGAGGCGGGAUUAUGAAGAAGAAAUAGCUGCCGUGUUCAGAGAUGAAGCUGGGCCCAUCGAAUCUGCAAUGUUGGUAUUCAAUUCUACAUUCCAGUACAUGGAAGGAAAGAUAUCCAAUGUUACAGAGCUUGUGAAUCUACGAGUGCUCAAUGAAACUGUAGUAGAUUGUGGAGAGUAUUUGACACCCAAGCUGAAUGAGACGCUCGAAACAACGACCAAUACUAAUUCUACAACGUAAAAUAAAAACAAUGCUCAAUUUAAUCAAUGAAGAAAAUUGGAAGUUGGAAGAUUACUUGUUUUUUCAAGUAUAAUGUAAUUCAAUAGUCCAAAGAUGAGUUUUCAUUACUUUAUAUAAGAUAUGUGUCACAUUUAUUGGAUUUCAUAAGAAAUACUCAAUAUAUUAGUAAUAUUUUACUUAAGAUUGCAAACUAGGUAUUCAGAAGUAAACGGAAAACAAUGCCACUGCCAUAGUUGUGAAUAUUGUAUACUAGUAAGGUUUAGAAUGUUAAAGUGUUGAAUAUAUACAAUUACAAUACAUUUACUUUAAUUAUGUAAAUAUAGUUGUAAAUAAUAGUAAUAAUAGCUGAUACAGACACCUACAUAUACAUAUGUGUAAGUAAUAUGUACAUUUGUGUAUCCUCACUUAUGUUUUUAUAUAAAUAUAUUUAAUAUACGAAUGUAUAUUACUGCAAAAGACCAAAGUGUGGUAAACCCAGAGAGUUUUACCAAUGAAUUAUAAGAUUUCUACAAAGUUUUGGUAGAGGUAUCAUAGUUUUGACUGAUAUAAAAGAGACUUUGACUUGCUGAUACUGGUAAAUAUUAAAAAUAGCUACCAGAUGUUGGUGAAACGAAUGAAACUAUUUCCACGAUCCGAAAAUCAUAUAGAACAGACAUAAUGAACAUUGUUGUGUUUUUUAGAUGAAACCAGUCUAAUUAAUAUAUCCUCAAUUUCAUGAUGAACAGUGAUGUGAACAAGUUUUCGAACUAACCAUAUUUUUAUAAAAACGAGAAAUGUUUUCAUUUAAAAGUAUUUUACCUUCUUAAUUGUAAACAGAUUUAAUCUUGCAGACAUUGUGAAGGUAAGUUUUAUUUCAGAGCAUAUAAUAGAAUAUCAUAUUUUAUAUAGUAAUCUUGCUGAAGUUCCGUCUGAUCAGUUUUAACCCAAAUGUUAUUGGAUGGUAUGGUACUGUUUCGCAUCCAAUUUUCCAUCUAUUCAUAGGAGUUCUCCAACUCCAUAUCUAGAAACACACCCCCGUACCAUAAAGAAGUCACUUCUAUGUUUUACUGUUGGUUACAAACAUACAUCCCAAAAAUUCCAAUCCAGAUUUUCUCAAAAAUACCGUCUUCCGAAACUAAACAUUUCAAAUUUUGACUCAUUUCACCAUACAAUUUUUUUCCAUUCUCCUCACAUCCAAUUUUCAUGUUCUUCGGUAAGCUUUAGUAGCUUUCACUCGUUAAGUGAUAAAAAAUAGUGUUCUCUGGCUAAAAAACCUUUAAGACCAACUAAUAGGAGUUUCCUUCUGAUUAACUUGGUUCCUAGUCCCAUCAACUAUUUCCUAAGCCAGUUA